AGUUCCGCCAAGUUUUACAACAACACCAAGCGAUCUGACUAUUCGGGAAGAUGAUGAAGCAAGUUUUCAUUGUUCUGCUACUGGGAACCCAUCUCCCACAAUUACAUGGAUGAAAGAUGGAAAGACUGUGACUCAAGGAGAUACGCUGAGGUUUUCGGCCAAACGAAAUCAGUCUGGGGAAUAUUGGUGUUUGGCGGAGAAUGGGCUGGGUGUGAAUAUCACUGCUACUGCCUCUCUUAAUGUACAGUUUGCACCAAGUUUAACCUCAACACCAGCUGACCAGACAGUGAUCGAGGGAACCAAAACAACAUUCCACUGUAAUGCCUCAGGGAACCCAUCUCCAAAGAUAACUUGGUCAAAAGAUGGAAAGACUGUGACUGAAGGAGAAACUCUGAGCUUUGAAGCGAAUAGGAAUCAAUCUGGAGAGUACUGGUGUUCUGCAGAGAACGGAUUAAAUGUGACUGUCAAUGCCAGCGUCCAUCUUGAUGUUCAAUUUGCACCAAGCUUUACAGUAAUACCAAGUGAUCUGACUGUUCGAGAAGGUAAUGAAGUAAGUUUUCAUUGCUCUGCCACUGGGAACCCAACUCCGACGAUAACGUGGAUGAAAGAUGGGAUGACUGUGGCUAGCGGAAAUGUGCUGAGGUUUUCCACCAAAAGAAAUCAGUCUGGGGUAUAUCACUGUUCGGCAGUGAAUGGACUGGGUGUGAAUAUCACUGCUAGUGCCUCUCUUGAUGUACAGUUUGCACCAAGUUUAAUCUCAACACCAGCUGACCAGACAGUGAUCGAGGGAACCAAAACAACAUUCUACUGUAAUGCCUCAGGGAACCCAUCUCCAAAGAUAACUUGGUCAAAAGAUGGAAAGACUGUGACUGAAGGAGAAACUCUGAGCUUUGAAUUUUGCCUCCAAACCUUAACUAUGAUUUGUCUGGUUUCAGUUUCACCAAGUUUAGUCAAAACACCAACGAACAAGACCAUAUUUGAGGGUGAAACGGCAACAUUCCACUGUACGGCCACUGGGAACCCAGUCCCAGAGAUAACAUGGAUAAAAGAUGGGAAGACUGUGGGAUCAGGAGAAACACUGAGUUUUGAAACAAGAAGGAAUCAAUCUGGAAAAUACUGGUGUUCGGCUGACAAUGGCAUAGAUAAAGCUGCUAACGCAAGUGCUUAUCUAAAUGUCCACUAUCCUCUGAGCCUCACUACCACACCAAGCGACCAAACUGUGAGGGAAGGUGAAACGGCAGAAUUCCAUUGUAGUGCCACUGGAAACCCACCUCCAGUUGUGAGUUGGAUAAAAGAUGGGGAGGCUGUGAGUCAAGGGGACAAACUGAGCUUUGAAACUAGCAAGGAUCAAUCCGGAAAGUACUGGUGUAAGGCAAGGAACGAGUUGGGCUUGACUGUCAACGCCAGUGCUUUGCUCAAUGUUCUGUUUUCACCAACUGUUGACACAAAGCCGGUCAACAAGACUGUCACUGAGGGUACCAUGGCAACCUUCUAUU